CUUAUUCUCCCACCCUCUAACCAGGUUCGACCCAAACCUUAUCCUUUCUUAUUCUUUCGUCGUUGUCCCCCAGGCCCUCCAAUUUUAUUCAGUCGGUCCCAUACACACACCUCCUUCUGAACGCACAGCCUUUCCAACCUGAACGCUUCUGCUUUUGGCUCGGUUUCUCCACCACGCUGCUUCCACCUGCUCAACAACAUAUAUACGCAGACAUCCCUCGGUCAUCCAAGACCGUAUUCAGCCUCCAUCACUCCCAUCAUCAAUUUACCAUCAACCUUCAACUACCACUAUAUCGCUCCUACCACCAUCUACUGCUUCACAUUUACAUCUAUCUCUUCUUCACAUACAUAUACACACACAUACGCGCACACACAUACGCGCACACACGUACAUCAUCGUCGACUCCCUGUAGUCUCUCGAUAUCUACACUCACACAUCACCACUUACGCCACUACUUCGUAGACUCUCUCACAGCCAAAAUGUCUCUCGCUUCCCAAAGGAGAGGACCUUGGUCCCAACAAGAAGACGCCUACCUCAUGCAGCUUGUCAACGACCAGGGCCCUUUGAACUGGGUGCGAAUUGCCCAAGCCCUGGGAACGAGGACGCCAAAGCAAUGCAGAGAACGAUUCCACCAGAACCUCAAGCCUACCCUGAACCACGAGCCCAUCACUCCUGAGGAGGGUGCCCAAAUCGAGAUCCUCGUCAACGAGAUCGGUAAGAGGUGGGCAGAGAUCGCAAGAAGGCUGCACGGCCGCAGUGACAACGCCGUCAAGAACUGGUGGAAUGGAAGCCAGAACCGCAGAAAGCGUCACGAUCGUCGCAGGGCCAACCAAGGCAGCACCUCCGGCUACGACGACCGCAGAUAUGGCCACUCUGGCUUCCGCCCUACUUUGACCAUCAACUCUCAUACCGCCUCCUACUCUCACACCAGACACGGCAUGUCAUCGCCUGUCUCUCCCGCCUUUUACACCCACAGCCACAACUACUACCAACUCGAGUCGCCGCUUCCGUCGCCCAACUCCACCUCUUCACCCGGCAGUGAUGGUCUCGACGGAGAGACGUCCACCAUGUCCGAUGCCGCCUCGAGCUACACCACUUCACCCCAAUGCCUCUCCCGGGGCACCUCGCCAUCUGUCCAACUGGCCCCGCUUCGCAUGGAUGAGCACUCGGCCCCUCGCUCACUCCCAUCCUUUGGCAGUCUUCUCAACGCCCCGAGCGAUAGAAAAGAAGCCGGCCACAUGCGCCUGCCUUCUCUCCCAUCGCACCUCCUCACAGCACCCAACUCCCCUGUGAGGAGCACAGUCCAACAAGCCCUGCCGCCGCCUUCUCCUUCAGCUGCGGACAAGGACUCGAGGAUGGAUGUUUCCGCCCUCCUGGGCUGAGAAAACAACUUGUUCAAAUUUUGUUUUAUCUCUUUGAGGGAUACAACCCUCCUGUAUGCCAUAAGUACAGUACAUGGGUUCCAACGGCGCAAACAUGUGUAAUGGGCGGUAUAUCUGGGCAUGGAACGUAAAACCUGUACCCUGUAUUCCUUUUUUGUUUUUUUGCUUUGAUACCUGAUAUUGAAACCCUAGCGAGGGGAUGGCGCAAUUGGGAGACCUGAGAAAUCAAAAAGGUCUGGCAUGGGACGGCGGCAGGACGGUAGAGACUCGGGAACAGAAUCUCACCAACGCCCCUUGAUUUUAGCUACACCUUCGUAUACGGUGUAAACAUCACCAAUAAUCAAAAAGUUACGAAAA